AUGAAGAAUGUUAUAGAUAACUGGAAGCCUAAUGGUGGAACCCAUGGUUUCUAUGUGAAAUUUCUGAUGAGGAAGGCUGAAGCCCUCACUGUUGAGGAAAAAUGGAAAGAAUUCAAUGCUCUCCUAGCCGUCAUGAUCUAUGGAUUGGUGUUGUUCCCGAAUAUUCCGAACUUCGUUGAUCUUACUGCUAUCUGUCUCUUUAUGGAUCAAAAUCCUGUGCCCACUCUGUUGGCCGACACCUAUUAUGCCAUCCAUUCUAGGUAUGGGAAGAAGGGAUCAGUUGGGGACUGUUUACCGUUGCUGUACGAAUGGUUUUCUUCACAUUUUCCUAAAAGUGGAGCAUUUGUUGCCACAAGAGAUACACAGAAACGGCCUCAAAGGAUCAUGGGACUUACUGCAAACGAUAUUGUUUGGUAUCACCUCAGAACGAGCAUCGAGCAAGUUAUAACAAGGUGUGGUAGCUUUGGCAACGUCCCUCUCAUAGGAACAAAGGUAGUUAUCAAUUAUAAUCCGAAACUCGCAUUGCGCCAGUUAGGUUUUGUAUUGAAAGACAAGCCUUUGGAUAAAGAGAUAUUUGAGUCCGUUUGUUUUGAAAAGGGAACCGAUCCAGAGGGUUUAGAAAAGAAUGUCGUUACUAAGCAAGCCUACACUGAUUGGGUGAAAGAUAGAGUCAAGGAGCGCCUAUUGCCUUUCCCGAAGGUUAAACCAUUGUAUGAGCAACCACCUGAAAUUUUAACUGCCACUGUGCCAGCUGAGGACUAUACCCAAGAGGAUCUUCUAGAGUUCAAAAGAGGACUAGAACUGAAAGGGGGUGAAAGAGCUACCACUGUUGUUGUUAAGGAUCACCAGAAGAUCAUAAAAAAGGCCAUAAAAGAGGCAGAAGAGAAGCUCAAGCAAGAGUACAGAGAAGAUCUGAAAGCCUACAAACUCAAGAUAGAAAAGGAAGCUAAAGCUGAGAUCAAGAGUUUGAAAAAGAAGUUAGAAGAGGAAACUACCCAAAGAAUAGCGGUUGAGACUCAACUUAAAGGUAGCCACCUUCGCGCCUCUCGCGUAACAGAAGAGAAUGCAAAGCUCAAAAACCAGAUAGCAGAAAUGGGAAGUACGUUUGAGAAAGAUUCCCCCUGA